AUGUCGGAUUCAAAAAAUUCCCCCCAAGGUCAAUCAUUUUUUAAAAGAAUAACGCGUCAACGUGGGUGGGGAAAACCAGUCGGUACUGUUUCGGUUGUGGUCGGUCUUCUUCUGGCUUUUCGUACAAAUCAUGCUUAUGAUAGAUAUUACGAAGGUCGAAAAUUAUUUGGUAGUUUAUGUACCCUUGCAAGAAAUACCGCGCGAAUUAUUUGGGUCGAUGUUGAAGAAAGGACAAAGAGAGAUCAUGAAGACAAAGAAACCUAUAUUAAGCUUUUGUUAGCAUUUGUUAUUGCCACUAAACAUCAUCUUCGUUUGGAGUUUGGCACUAAUUAUAAAGAUUUUGAGGGUUUGUUACCGAGAGGUUAUCAACGUACAAAGUUUGAGGGUAACGCUGGCCAAGAAAAUACAGAUUUAGGCAGUGGAAGCAUGGAGGAUCCGAAUCACCCUGAUAAUAUUGCUAACAAUCCGGAAACUGCUGAUCCGGAUGUAACUAUCCACCCUUCAGAAGCGACCGAGUCUACUCACCUUCUCCAAAAGCCCCAACAUCCAGUUUCAUAUAUAAAAGACACUUUUCGCUCGCUUGUAGGUAAUCACCGAGACAGUUAUGACAUUGACGUGAGUUGGGGAACUGCAGACCCACAAAUGAGUCUUCCAAUGGAAAUUGUAUUUCAUCUGGGUACAUAUUUCGAUCAAGUGGGACGUGAAAAAAAACUCGAACUCGCUUAUAGGCUUUAUGUAGCUUUGGACCAGUUAAUUGAUAUUUUGGGCAAUCUUGAGAGGAUUAGUAACACACCGAUUCCUGCAGCCUACAGAAUUCAUUUAAAACAAGCUGUAACUUUGUAUGUUUGGGUACUUCCAUUCACUCUUGUCGAUAUACUUGGAUGGUUUACUAUUCCAGUUAUCUUUAUAAUUUCCUUUAUUCUUUUUGGUGUUGAAGCAAUUGGUUCUGAAAUUGAAGAUCCGUUUGGCUUUGAUAAAAAUGACUUACCAUUGGACGAGUACUGCAAGGAUUUGGAGGCCGAAAUUAAAUAUUUAUGUCGAUAUCUUCCAACAGGGCAAUCUGAACUUCACCAUUAA